AUGGCAGUCUUGCAUAGCAAUGAAAAUUUGGCUCAGCUUAGUAAUCCAAACGCGGUAUGCAGUAUCUGCAAUGAGGAGAUCACAGAAAUAGAGCUGUCGGUAACACCUUGCGAACAUAAUUUUCAUCGGGUUUGCAUAACUAGAUGGCCUACUGACCAUGAUGCUUGUCCCUUGUGUCGGCGUUCAUGUGACACACACUCACUAAAGAGCUUUACUGAACAAGAUCCAACCAGUCAAAAUGAUAUUUUUGCAGAACAGGAAGCUAUUCCAAAAAACGAUGGCGGGGGUCGCAUGACCAGGUCAAGAGCGGGCAAUAAUAUAUCUUUCGAUUCGACUUAUAAUGCUAAUCGUGGCCGAGGCCGCGGUUCAAAUCCUAAUCGUACGCCACGAAAUAAUCAAAGUAAUGUGAAUCAUAGUUUUAUUCAAAAUGCUAUACAAGACAGUAUGAGGUCGUAUGAAGACCGGUUCUCCAGACAGGUACGUGAGGAAGUAGGACGUAUGGUGUCAGAAUCGCUUGAUUCAUAUUUUCGUAAUUUGAAUGUAUCUGAGCACAGAACACAAAAUCAUUCACCCAACGCUAACGCAGGAGGUGGAAAUAAUGAGCAAGAAUUGGUAUGCCAGAUGCGCUCAUAUCUAAAUGCAUAUUCCGAAUACUAA